GAUGGAGUCAUUUAUCACUUUUACAAAGGAAGAGGAGAAAGCUCAUCAACGGUAUGUAAAUAGGAUCAAUUGAAGUUUCUGGGAACUGACCACCUACCCCUCCCCUAAGCUAACAUUAACACUUACUUCUCACUUAAGGCAAAAUGUUGGCUUAGGGGAGGGGUAGGUACUAAAUAAUAAUAAAUAAUACUAAAAAUCAGAGGCGGAUCCAGACCUUCAGAUAAGGGGGAGCCCGAUCAUGCAGACCCUGUGAUAAGGAGGAAGAUGGGGUGGCCGGUCUCGAAAAAAAAUUUUAGGCCCCUAAAAAAAAGGGGUCCCGGGGUCCCUCCCCUGGAUCCGCCUCUGGAAAUGGACACUUCGCCCGAUGGAAGGUAAUCCGGAUUCUGGGCCUCGGGAAAUUGUUCCUUGUGGAAUCGAAUUUCCUUGAAUUUUUUUUUUGUGGAAUCCGGAAUCCUGGACUUUGGAAUCCAGAAUCCAGCUCAGUGCGUUUGGAAUCCCGCUAACGAUUGGAAUCCGAAAUCCAAGUUCCUCCGUUGGUUCUUCCCUUGUUGGAGAGGUUUUUCUCCGGUUUUUCGCUCUCGUAAAAAUCCAACACUUCCAAGUUUCAAUUCGAUAUAGAACUCACGGACACGUUUAAAUGAAUUCUUAAGAACUCCUAAGGGCUUAUAGCAGUCACGAGAUUUCUUAAUUAACUUUUCUUGCUUUAGAUUUUUGAUGGAAACCAAGAUAGUAACACCAUUGUGUAUAACAAGUUGAAUUCGCCAAUCAUGGUACGCCUGGUUCGGUUAUUGCCAAUAGAGUGGCGCAAUCACAUAUGUCUCAGAAUGGAGAUCUACGGCUGUCCAGGUAAUAAGCCGGUUAACGGUUAUUAAACUGUUACUAUCAAUUAAACCAUAUAUGCUGAAGUCAACGAACAUUUUGGUCGGUCAUUACCUGGGAUAAGUCAAAGUACAGAUGCACGGAUGACAUUAUGGAAGCUUUUUCAACUGUUUCGUCCCACAAGCAUGAUCAUUCGCCAUGUUCUAAAAGAGUGAAAAAAACUGGGUACGAUAUACGACCACAAAGUUUUUUGGGAUCGUUUGGAGGCACAGCGUGAAAAGCAACAAACAUGUCGUAACGCUACAUGUCGUUACAAACUGCAAUGAUAAGUUAAGAAAUACAACUAUUCUUCACUCAUAAUGUACUACAGAGUUCCCAAAGAGCCUAAUGCACCUAGUAUGUCUCCUUUAGUCAGAGUAACCUUUACAGCGUUUUUAAGAGGUGACCUGUUGCUCUCCGCCUUGUUUUUGCUCUGUAUUUAUAUCAUCCGCUGUUAUUACUUUGAUCUGUAACUAUAUUGUCCUACUGUCAAGGGUCCUCUACUAUAAUGCUCCAACAUUUUAAUUUCUACUUAUCGUUAUUGACUGUAUUACAGGUUGUGUAGCUCCACUUGGUAUGGAAAAUGGAGCAAUCUCUGAUGCCCAGAUAAGUGCCUCUUCUCAGUGGCAUGACAAUAAUGGUCCACAUAGAGCUCGAUUGAAUAGGAAACAAGAAGGAAAAAAGAAGGGAGCCUGGAGCUCUUUAAAAAAUGACAUUUAUCAGUGGCUUCAGGUUGAUCUUGGAACAUAUACCACAGUGACUCGCAUAGCGACUCAGGGUAGAAGUGAUAUGGAGCAAUGGGUUACCAAGUACAGGUUACAGUACAGUGAAGACGGAGUGAACUUCCAUUGCUACAAAGCACUAGCUCAAGAUUCAGCAAAGGUACGCCCAGAUAGUAUUCUUCUCGCCUCAUUUUACGUAAUCCGGAUAAUUCCGGAAUUCGGCAAAUUUUUGCUUAAUCCGUGAUCCGGCAAGACGGUGAUACUUGUGGAAUCCGAAACCCUGUUACGAAGGUCUCAAUGGGGUGGUGGCCUUUACGGUUAUCGGCUAAAAUUUUGGCUCUUUUACGGCUAUCGGUUAAUUUUUUUCGGUUACGGUUAACGAAAAAGUUAAAAAUUAACUUUUUUUGUUUCAAAAAAUUAAAUAUUAAUUAACCUUUUUUUUUUUUUUUUUUUUUGAAUAAAGGUCUUCGGAUCAUCUCGGGAUGAAAUAAGCUAUUCUUUGAAAAAUUUUAACAUUUGAUAGAUCAUACUUUUCCUAAAGUAUUCCACUUCUAAUAUUAUUUUACACUUAGAAAUGUCAACAGUCAAUUUAAAAAUAAUCUUUGUGAAAAAGCAAAAGCAGACACGCGAACGCCCAACUCAAGGCCGGGGCGCGACAUUCAUUAUAACAGAAAUGGCCGUUUUCACACUAGAGAAAGAUUAUUCGUGUGAGAUGGGUUAUCCGUUUGAUGAUUCGCGUCAGAUAGGUAAUACGUCUUAGUUUGAAAAGGGAAUAGUUUUAAUUUUGAAUGAACAAUCCGCCUGACUUUUGAAGACGGGAUUAUCCGUUCCAGAUAACCUGUGUACAGCCGUCCCAUCCACUCAGAAAAUUUCGGAGAAGGGAUGUCUGUGGGGAGGACGCGACUGUACACAGGCUAGUCUAAGACGGAUGAUCCAUUUCUAGCUCUAGUGUGAAAACGGCCAAUAACAAAAUUCCCGUGACCAGUGUUUUUAAUGAUAGUGAAGGACUGUACGGAACCACUGUCUGCCAUUGCCUUGUCCGUAGGCCGCAUUAUUCCGUGCGGCUAAUGCGUUUCGGGUCACGUGGUCUGAGCGAGUUCGCCGGACUUAAUUAGGUACCUUAAGAAGAUUAUUCAUCCUUUUCGAAACAUCGCUGAUUGCACGCGUGAAUACGGUCAAACCUCUAUUUAACCGCCUCCUAUUACGCAGUCAUUCUCUGCGGCCAAAAUCGUCAGAAAAUCGCUGUAAGUAGAAACUCUAUUAAGCAUUACUUAGGUCUCCUCAUAGAGAGUGGCACCUUACCACUAGACUAGACUGUAUCUUAUCCCACUUACAGCGGAGCUGUCGCGCGCUUUGGUGCACCAUGGGUACGAAAAUUUGGUCAGCUAUGCAUCCAAAAAAUUUCGGUUCUGACAAAAUUGUCUGUCCGUACGUCAGUCCGUAGGUACGUACGUCCGCUCCAUCAUGGUAGCGGAUAUGGAAUGUCUUAGUUUCUAGCUUAAAAUCCAAGGUGUAUACGAAUUGUGUUUAACUUGAUACUGGGCAUCCAUGUUGUUAUCAAUCGACAGCUAUUAAAAUAAGGUAUCCGCUGACUAGUGUCACAUGACUGUAUCGAGGGCUCAAAUGUACAACUCGGUGAGGUGACGUUUUCUUUUUAAGUUCUCCACCUACCACAUAUGGUAUUCAAGUGAUCGCAGGCUCAGAAAACUUUACUUCAGAAAGACUUUCUCUUAAACGUUCCCACGAGAGCUUCGCUUUUGGCCAUGGCUAAAUCUAUUUAGUAAAAUCCAACUAGUGGUCUAUUAUCAAUGCUACGUUCUGAUUGGUUGAGCUACUACUAGGCUACAUGUUAUAGCCCACUAUUAGCGAAAAGCGCUGACUCUUUGGCGGCAAAAAAGGAUUAAAGUCAAGAUUUAACUAGCUAAAGUUGUUUUGUCUCGAUAUUUUUUACCAACUGGUUGGAUUUUACUAAAACAAUUAUUCCUCUUGCCCUCAUGGCCUCUGAGUCAAUAGCCCAUGAGGUCGAAGGCCGAAUGGGCUAUUGACUCAGAGCCCAUUCGGGCUCGAGGAAUAAUUGUUAAAUAUUACUUUAUAGUGAUAAAUUUAUGUUCCAAAGUGGGAAGAUAGUAUGACCUUUCGAACAACCAACAGAAUUUCCUUAUAUUUUACAUAUUCUGCUUGGUCUUUAAAGUGUUACCCAAUAUACACUACGUGCGUGAAAUUGUUUUCUCUGAAUCACUGCAGAUUUUCCUCGCAAAUAAAGACCGUAACACCAUUGUUUACAACAUUUUGAAUCCACCUAUUACAACGCGCUUCAUCCGAAUCAAACCGAUGGAGUGGCGUGGACACAUAUCCAUGAGGAUGGAGAUCUACGGUUGUCCAGGUAUUCAAACUUACAUUGUUCGCUUACUUGCACAGUAAGACUACUUACAAUAGUUUGAAUUCGGUGCUGAUUGCAACACGCUCCAUUCAAAUCUAACCGCUGUAAUUACGCUACCACAUCUCCAUCAGGAUGAAAAUCUACGGCUUUUCAGUCGUUCAAGCUUCAGGCACUGUCCACAUAAAUAGAGGAUGGCUGAAAACACAUUUUUAGGUGAUUCGAUCGAAAUUCAAUAAUAUCCGGUUACCAUCGGCUACACGAAUUUGCAAAUCCGUUGAAUCCGAGACGAAACUACAGUGUGGAGGGGUUUCAAAAAGAUGCCGUUUCCGGUUACCGGAUUUGCUAAUUUUGUGUAAAAGGAAGGCCGAUUCGUGUUAAAAAAAUGUGGUUUAAAAAAUAUCCGUGUUCUUGUGAAUGGGGCCGUCCUUAGAUGUACGCUAUAAUGAUGCGUUCUGACUGAACGAAGCAGCUGUCUGUGGCUGUCACCAGGAGACAUGGCUGUGCGCGUGUUGUUGGAGUGUGUCACUUCCCUUGGGCAUUGAUCUUGCAUCACUACCGGUCCACUAUCUGCUUACCAGAGCCGUAGCUAGCGGUGGGGAAGUAUCCAGGGAAAGCUAAUCCAACCAAAUCAGACAAAUCUAGGUUGUACGACACUGCUUGAUUUGGAAAAUAGAACGAUCCCUUAUUCGUGGAUAGCCACCUCGUUAUCACGUGAUAACAAACACAUUGCUUGGGUAGCCUACGUGUAUAAACGUUUGUUGAGUAGCCCGGGAGUUUGAGAGAGCGGCUGGAUCUUGCUUAUUUGGGUUUUCUACAGAAAGGGACCAAACCAUGCCUAAUUAGCGAGGGUAUUAAGUUUUUUUGAUGUUUCUGCCUCUAAAACAAAUCUAGGCUGUACGACACCGCUUGGUAUGGAAAAUGGAGCGAUCCAUGAUUCUGGAAUAACCGCUUCAUCGUCACUUGACAACAAACACACCGCUACGCAAGCAAGGCUGCAUCUGACAGCUGAUUCCAGGACGGGGGGAGGGUGGUCGGCUCUUAAAGAUGACUUUUUUCAGUGGCUUCAGAUAGAACUUGGUGGUUACACAACUGUAACACGUGUAGCGACCCAAGGAGGGAAUGGACGAAACGAAUGGGUGACACAGUACAGAUUGAAUUAUAGCCGUGCAGGAAAUAUCUUCAAGUAUUAUAAGCUGAGGGAAAGCAGCUCAGCAAUGGUAAGUAUACAUAAAGCUCAGUCGUGUUCGUUAGAUUUGUGGUGAUUUGGGGGUUUUGUCAUUAACUAUAACUGCAACCUUUGACAAAGCCACUGAAGGAAAUAUUACAUAGUCUACAGGUGUAUGUGCAUCUAAAGAGGCAAACAACAUUGACUCCAGAAGUAGGGCUGUAAUAUUUGUUGGUUCGUUAAAUAUAAUAUACGUUAAAAUGCUUGGAAUGCAUUUAACGGGAUAUUUUUCUCCAGGGUUGGAAUAAGUAAUCUCGAAAGCCGUAAAGCGGUAGGAAAUAUGAUAUUAUCCAUCAGAGCUAGAGGGAGGUCGAUUGGUUUACUGUUAAUUCUAACUUAGGCUGUUCGCAGUACCCUAUUUUUCGUAAGAUCGGCCAUCUUGGUUUCAUAUUUACCGAGGGGGAGGCAGGGUCGCGGUUUCUAGCGAUAGGGGAUGGUGGACUCCUCCCAAACCGUCCUCUGCCCCCUAAGUAGAUUUGACUUUCAUCUUCAGGCUAAACUCGAAAAAUUUGAAACCAAGAUGGCCGCCCGUAACGCAGGGCGCUCGAUCUCGAUGAUCUUACGAAAAAAAGCGGUGGUGUCUAAUUCCAACGCGUCGCCGAAAACAGUUGGGGUGACCGUUGGUCAUUCAGUUUGUCCUGAUUAGCCGGGAUUUACUUGAAAUGAGAAAGUGAAAACUAGUAGGCUUGUUUUCCCCUUUUAGGUGUUUGAAGGCAAUAAAGACAGUAACAGCGUUUUUACAAACAGAAUAAGCCCGCCGAUGAGAGCACGCUACAUUCGCUUUAUACCAAUAGAGUGGUAUAAUCACAUAUCAAUGAGAGUAGAGAUCUACGGCUGCCCAGGUGUGCUUUACUUACAAAUAAUUUUCUCAGAGUUGUAUGUAAGCUAGAGUGCAGUGUGAGCGGUAAUGAUUAACUUGAAUUGGCAUGUUGAAAAUAACCGUGGUUAGCACCCUAUGGAGCGUUUAUUUGCUGAUUUACCGGCGGAAAAGAAAUAAUCCUUUGUAAUCUACCUGGGGUUUUACUUUAGUCAAAUUUUCACGCCAAAUUAGCCUUACAUUUGCCAUGGGAGUAACCACGACGGCGACGGUUGCUAAAACGUCACUAAUCAUUAAAGUGAUUUCGCACUAACUGUUUCAAACUUCACCGCGCUUCUUCCAUCACGUUCAAGUUAUCAAAUGUUGGCAAAUUUUCUGGGGUUAAAUUCUAAAACAGCUGUAUGCAAGUUCAAGUUCAGAAAAAAAUUCGUCGUCUUGCCUUAACGUCCACCACAAAAACACGAAAUUAGGCAGUUCCGACUUCGUAGUCGUGCCGACGGCAAAGAAGUGUACAAAAAAGGGGGAUGCAUGUGCAAAGUUGCCGUUUUGCUUAUAUUGCACCUAUUGCUUUUUCGCUGUUCUGGCUGCCCACGCCGUCGUCGUCGCUUAAAGGUUCCCUGUUACUAUGGUUUAGUUGUCUCGUGUAACCGCAGCUAAUAGUUCCUCUAUGAUGGUUUAUCUCCUAAUGGAUAAAUGGAUAAAUGAUUGGAUCACAAAUUGAACUUUUUAAGACAUUUUUCAUUAAAUUUUCCACUUCCAAACAGAAUAAAGAAAAAACGUAUAACCGUUCAAAAUACGAUUUGAUGACUGUUUUAGUUUCGCGUGGUCACAUUCAUUAAAAGUGUGUUACGUAACGCACUUACGGAUAGUUUUGCUUGAGCUACGACUUUCAGUUCAAACAUACCGCCCCAAAAAAUGAACUGUACUAUCGCACCAUACAGAUUGUAUAGCACCACUUGGUAUGGAAAAUAAGCAAAUAUCAGAUGCCCAGAUCAGUGCAUCUUCAAUGUCUGAUGACAAUAGCUCUCCAAGCAAGGCCAGGCUACACCUCAAAGAAGAGCAAAACCUAACUGGAGGGGGUGGGUGGAGUGCCAUUAAAAACGAUCUCCACCAAUGGCUACAGGUGGACCUUGGAGGUUACAGCACAGUAACACGUGUAGCGACUCAGGGAAGGACUGGGUCCAUUGAGUGGGUGACCAAUUACAAGUUACAGUACAGUGAUGAUGGAAUGAACUUUCAGUUUUACAAAGAACAUGGAAACAAAUCAGCUAAGGUACCUUCACACACGUAUAUGCAAAAUACUUUAAAGGCAACCAGAUGUUUUUAAAUCAGUUCUCUUUUCCAACAAGCUAGGCUACUUCGAUCGCCCAAUAUGUUUUGAUUAGACCCUGUGUGAAGUCAUAACCUGUUUUCUAUGGCAACAUAGCUGGUAAACACUGAAUAUAUUGUGAACAAGCGAACUGAGAGACUUGUUGGACGCUUAUUUGUUCUUAGGGUUAAGGUUUAUGGUUUCACUGUUUAAUUGCUUAUUACAGGUUUUCACUGGAAACGGCGACAGUGAUACUGUUGUGUAUAAUGCACUGAGUCCACCAGUCACUACAAUGUUUGUUCGUGUAUUGCCUAUGGCUUGGAACAGUCGUAUAUCUAUGAGGAUAGAGCUGUAUGGUUGUCCAGGUAAUUUGAGUAAGUUA